AUGGCUUUGAAUUUCCAGGGACGAGAUCACGGAGACACUCACAUUGUCUAUUUGGGGAAUGUCGAUAAAUCCCUCCAUCCAGAAGCUGUUACUAGCUCUCAUCACGCACUCCUUCGGGAUAUUCUAGGAAGUGACGAGGCUGCUAGAGAAUCACUGGGUUUUAGCUACAGGCAUGGAUUCAGUGGCUUCUCAGCUCGACUAACAGAAGAACAAGCUGCUAAAAUUUCCAGCCUUCCAAAUGUGUUGUCCAUCUUUCCCAAUAAAAUCCGCAAGAUCCACACCACAAACUCAUGGGAGUUUCUCGGCCUCUAUGGAAGUGGAGAGAACUCCUUGUUUGGUGCUAGCGAAUCUACUGAAUCAUCUUGGCUAUGGCACAACACAAAAUAUGGCAAAGACGUUAUUAUCGGUGUCUUUGAUUCAGGAGUGUGGCCCGAGUCCAAGAGUUUUUUGGAUCACGGCAUGAAAUCAAUCCCCAAAAGAUGGAAAGGAACAUGCGAAACUGGAGAGAAAUUUAACGCUUCUCACUGCAACAAGAAACUUAUCGGUGCCAGAUUCUUUUCUCACGGCCUACAGGAUGGUCCCGAGGCUUAUGCAAAAGCACACCGAGAAAUUCUUUCUCCAAGAGAUGUUAAUGGCCAUGGAACUCACACGGCUUCCACUGCCGGAGGCCGAUUCGUGAGAAACGCAAACUGGCUUGGCUACGCAAAAGGCACUGCAAAAGGUGGCGCUCCAGACGCACAUCUCGCAAUCUACAAGAUAUGCUGGAGAAACAUCACGGAUGACAGGGUCGGCUGCCCAGACGCUCACGUUCUCAGUGCAUUUGAUAUGGGAAUCCACGAUGGUGUGGAUAUCAUUUCUGCGUCUUUCGGGGGUCCAGUGGGUGAUUACUUCCUUGAUUCUACGUUCAUUGGAGCGUUCCAUGCCAUGCAGAAAGGCAUUGUGGUGGUGGCUUCCGCUGGAAACAGUCAACAAACUCUGGGACCUGGCUCAGUGGAAAAUGGAGCACCCUGGAUCAUUACUGUUGGAGCGAGCACUCUUGAUCGAGCCUACUUUGGAGACCUUUUCCUUGGCAACAAUGAAUCAUUUCGGGGUUUUAGUUUCACGGAGAAAAGAUUAAGAAAGAGGUGGUAUCAUCUUGCUGCGGGUGCCAAUGUUGGUUUGCCAACCUCCAGCUUUUCAGCCAGGUUUCCUGUAGCGCAGAUACAACAUCAGAUUUCAUUGACAAAUCAAAAGCCUGCUCCUCUCAUGGCAGCAUUUUCAUCCUCUGGUCCCAACCUGGUUGAUGCAGACAUACUCAAGCCUGAUAUUACAGCUCCAGGAGUACACAUUUUAGCAGCGUACACACAAUUCAAUAACUCUAAAGUACCAUAUAAACUUGUUUCUGGAACCUCUAUGUCUUGCCCUCAUGUAAGUGGGAUUGUUGCGCUACUAAAGUCCUAUCGUCCAACCUGGAGUCCAGCUGCAAUCAAAUCAGCCAUAGUAACAACAGGUUACUGGUUUGAUAAUCUUAGUGAAUCAAUCAAGAAUUCAUCACUAGCUCCCGCAUCACCCUUUGAUUUUGGUGGAGGGCAUGUAAAUCCAAAUGCCGCUGCACAUCCUGGCCUAGUAUAUGAUGCCGAUGAGCAAGACUACAUUGGAUAUCUCUGCAGUCUGGGAUACAACCAGACUGAACUUCAGAUCCUCACGCAAACUUCCGCUAAGUGUCCUGACAAUCCCACAGACCUCAACUAUCCAUCCAUUGCCAUCUCCAAUUUGAGCCGCAGCAAAGUCGUGCACAGGCGAGUGACGAACGUGGACGAUGAUGCGACAAACUAUACGGCAUCUAUUGAGGCACCGGAGAGUGUGUCGGUGUCGGUUCAUCCAUCGGUGCUGCGGUUCGAGCACAAGGGCGAGACGAAAGCAUUCCAGGUGAUAUUUAGAGUGGAGGACGACUCAAACAUUAAUAAUGAUGUUUUCGGGAAGCUGAUAUGGAGCAACGGAAAGUAUAUGGUCACUAGUCCCAUUGCAGGCAGAGAUUACAGGAGAAUGUGGGCCAGAGAGAUUGGCCGCGCAGGGUCUAGCGCUAUUGUUUUGGCAUCCAAGAACAAAUCCAGGAAGAAGAAUGUGGAGGACGAUUUCGCUGCAUACACGACGGCUGCGUUGCCUCUGCUAGAGGAGUAUACUGCCGGAUACAGCAUGGCUGUGCUAGAGAAGAAGAAGAAAGAUUUGUCAUCCAAUCUGGGAGCAAAGGAAACUUUGCAGCAUGAGAAAUCUUCUUCCAAAAAAUCCUCGCUGGAAGAGUUUCUCAAAGGGAAAGUUCGACCAUUGGACGAGGCGAAGAGAAAGAGGAGAAGGAAGACGAGAGAGUGGAAGUUUGGGAAGGCGACUUGA